UUUGGCUAGGAGGAGGUUCCUGGCAUUGCUGGUUCUGGCUGGGAGUUAGGGAGGGGCAGAGGUGCCCGAGUCCUCAGUCAUCAUCUUGCUAUUGGAAGACGUAGGUGGUGCCCGCACUUCUUUCUCACCCUCGCCACCAUCUUAACACCAAUAUGAAGGCGUGGUUACCUCUUCUGCUUCUGGUGGCGACACUUACCAUUGCUGCUGCUACCACUAAGGAGAAACAGCACAAGAAGGCUCACUCCGACCCACAAAAAAAACAUAUAAAUCAGAUUGAGGAAAAGCUUCAACAACUGCUUCAACUAGAAGCUGAGCUGAAGUCAGAAAUUGCUGAAGUUGCUGAGGAGGACGAGGAGGGGGAAGAGGAGGAAGAGGAGGAGGUUGAAGUUCCUAAUGAAGAGAAUGAGAUAGGUGAUGAAGAAAGAGAGCCUGAAGAGGGAGAGCCUGAAGAGGAGGCUGAAGAGGAGGCUGAAGAAGAAGAAGAGCCUGUAGAUGAAGAAUAUGAUGAAGAGGAAACAGAUGAAGAUCCAGAUGUAAUCAUUAGAGAUCCUUGUACGGACAUGCACUGUGGUGCCGGCCGUAUGUGUGUUUUAACUGAUGAUGGUGAAGCAGAAUGCAGAUGUGUUAAUGCAUGCACUGAUGAGCCUGAUCCACGUAGGAGAGUGUGCAGUAACCACAAUGAGACUUGGAUGUCUGACUGUGAACUGUACCGCCAGCGUUGUCUUUGCAAGGAGGAGGAUGAAAGCUGCCUCAAGCCAGAGUAUAGCCAUGUUCAUAUUGACUAUUAUGGAGAGUGUCAAGAGCUUCCUAAGUGCGAGGAAUCAGAGCUGGAAGAUUUCCCUCGUCGCAUGAGUGAAUGGUUGUUUAACAUCAUGCGUGACAUGGCUGACCGUCAGACUCUGAGUGAGCAUUACAUCCGCCUGGAGAGGGAAGCCGAGGAGGAUGCCACUAAGCAGUGGACAUACGCAGUAGUGUGGAAAUGGUGCGAGCUGGAUUCUCAUCCAAAAGAUAGCGCUGUGUCACGUCACGAGCUGUUCCCCAUCCGCGCCCCACUUAUUACUCUGGAGCACUGCAUCAGUACAUUCCUAGACUCCUGUGAUCCAAAUGAUGACCAUCUCAUCACACUCAAGGAAUGGGGUAACUGUACCAAGCUUUCGCAGGAGGACCUAGACAAACAUUGAGACUUGUGUGAGGACAUCCGCAGUGAAUAAAUUACUGGAACUGAGAAAUGCCAUUGUG